GUAGAAAUGCGUGACACUACUUCUCGAUUCUUACCGCGUUGGCGGCAUCGAUAAGUAUGCAUCGAUCGCCAAGCAAAGGAGGAGCUGCUACUCGCAUGGAUGCGCCGACAAUCCCACAAGGAAUCGCGAAGAAAGCAAGAAUGAGGGCGAGGGAUUCCAUCGCGCCGUGCUCGCUCCACUUGCCCCAUCUCAUGGACUAUGGAUGGCACUGCCAGCCCCUCCUCACUCCAUCUCCAUCGCCAAGCUGCCCAAGAGCCCUAAAUUUGCGUGGAAGGAAAGAAGAGCUAGAGCUUUGGAAUGUCUUCCAGGAAUUCGAUUGCAACCGCGACGGUCUGAUUUGCAAGGGCGACAUCGCACAGAUGAUGCUGCGGCUGGAUCGCAGCCUCUCGGAUCGCGACGUGGCCGCCACACUCGAGGCGAUCGACGAGGACGGCGACGGAUUCGUGGAUUUCGGGGAGUUUUGCUCCAUCUUCCACGGUCGCAGGGAUAUUUUGGAAGGAGAGGAAGCGCCGGAUUGCGAGGGCGAAGAUCAAGAGGAAGAAGAUCUGAUGGAGGCUUUCAGGGUCUUCGACCGCGACAACGAUGGAUUCAUCACGGCGGAGGAGCUCCACACGGUUCUCGCCAGGCUAGGAUUCGUGGAGGAGCAUGGCGGCCGCCCCAGUUGCUCCAGGAUGAUCCGGAUGGUGGAUUCCAACGGCGAUGGCCUGGUCGAUUUCCUCGAGUUCAAGAGAAUGAUGUGUAAGCCCAUGAUCGCUGCUCAUUAGAGAUCUAUAGAUCGUGUAAAUACAUUCUUUCUAGCUCGAUCGAUCUCAUCUAUCGACUCAUUGACUAAUCAAAUGUACUGCGCGGCACAAGCCGGGUCGCGCGGCACACACCGACCGAGCAGUAACCGCGCGGUACAAACGCGCCAAAUUGGAAGAGCCCUAAUACGCUUAAAUUUGAAAGCUUUUUUUUCGCGCAAAUUCUAACACCACCUAAAACCCUAAA